GUUUUGAACUCUUUUGGCUUACUUGGCGGUGCAUGGUCACUUGCUGUUGUUGCUUACAAAUUACUUUUUGGUGAUGAUGCAAUUCAGCCUUUUGGAUUAAUUCAUAAAUAUGGCUACUUUUCUAAGAAAUCUCAAAACAAUUUAACUAAUUCUCUAUCCACAUUUCCUUUGGUUCAACUUUCGGACUCGUCUAAUAUUAUUGAUGAUGAAAAUCGAACCAAACAAUUAGAGAAAAGAAUUAGUGAUUUAGAAUUAUUUUUAAGAGAUUAUGUGGUUGAAGCGCAACAAUUAGAUAAG